AUGUCCCAAACGCAAACCAUCCUCCAGUGUCCCUCAGCCGAAAUCCCCCUUUCCAUUCUUGAUCCCGAGACGAGAUCAUCGUCACAAAAUGGCAUAACUCGUCCCCCUCCUCAUCCACCAACAACUCCUCUCGAAUCAUCCACAAACAUUGCCCUGAUAUUAAAGCUCGCAUCAUCCAUCCUUGCUUUCUUCACUGCAGGUCUCAAUGAUGGGAGUCUAGGUUCUCUUGUUCCUUACAUAUUAACUACUUAUUCUCUCUCCACAUCAUCAAUCGCUUUCCUCUAUCUCUCCUCUUUUCUCGGCUGGGUUUUUGCAGCGAUUAGCGUACCCUUCAUCCAGACUCGUCUACGUCUCGGGAUUGGCGGAAUAUUACUUUUAGGUGCUACUCUACAACUUUUAGCUCAAUGCUUGAGGAUUUGGGGACCGCCCUGGGCAUUGUUGGUUGUAACAUUUGGCCUAGCAGCUCUGGGUCAAGCAUAUCAAGAUGCACAGGCAAACACGUAUAUAGCUCAGGUUGGCGACAAGGCACAUCGGUGGUUAGGGGUGGUGCAUGCGGCAUAUAGCGUGGGUUGUUUGGUUGCUCCAUUGGCUGUGACGGGCAUCGCAAGUGUCAAACCGGACCACUGGAGUUGGAGCUAUGGGGCUUUGGCCGGAGUUGCAGGUUUGAAUGUUGCGCUGGUAUUUUGGGCUUUUGGGGAAGAUUUAUUAAUCAAGAGGGAGAAUGAUAUGGAUAGCGAAGUCACUGCAGAAGUGCAAGGCGAAGAAAGUGGUGAAAGUGACGGUGUGAUAAGGGGAAACAGAAUAUGGAAAGAGAUUGCAGAAAUUCUGAGGGAAAAGAGCGUUUGGCUUAUCAGUUUAUUCUUCUUCUUUCACCUCGGAAGUUCGAUUACCAUUGGGGGUUGGCUCGUCACUUACCUCCUCACCCUCUCUUCCAAUUCUGAAAUCCAAGCUUCGUCAAUCGGCUACCUCCCCACUCUCUUCUACACGGGUAUCGCACUCGGCCGUCUCCUUCUCAUAGAACCCACCCAUCGCUUCGGUGAACGUCCUAUGCUCCUCCUCUAUUCCGCACUUUGCAUCGUCCUCCAAAUCAUCAAUUGGAGAGUCUCCAGUCUAAUCGGCAGUAUAGUCAUCGUAUGCAUAAUGGGAUUUCUCCUCGGUCCAUUCUUCCCAGCUGCAAUCACGCAAACGAAAUUACUUCUUCCUUCGAGAAUUAUGACACCGGCUUUGAGUUUGAUUUUUGUGGUUGCGCAGGGGGGUGGGACGAUAUUUCCGGCUGUUACGGGGAUUUUGGCGGCGAAGUUGGAUGAGGGGAGAGGAGGGGUGAAGGUUUUGCAGCCGGUUGUUUUGGGAUUAUUGGGGGGUAUGAUGGUGGCUUGGUGGUUAGUUCCGGGGGUGGUGAGGAGGAGGGAUUAA